AUGGCUGGCUUUCUGCGAGGCAAGCAGGCAGGCAUCCAGAAUGACCUGUCUGGCAGCAUCCGACCAGAGCUCUUUACUCCCGACGACCAUGCGCGAUACGGCCUCAACUCGCAGAUAAGCUGCUUUGCAUACGAUCCUGUACAGUCUCUGCUUGCCAUCGGAACGGCCGAGAGCAAGUUUGGCCCGGGCAAGAUCUAUGUUUUCGGCCAACAACGCGUGCAGAAGACUUUUGAUCCGCCGCGACGAACCUCGUUCCAGUCCGUGCAGUUCAGCGCAAACCGUCUCGUCAGCCUCGACAGGAACAAUGAGCUCAGCCUUUGGGAUCUCGACACGGGGGAGCGUGUGGCGACGCAGGUCAUUGGCGGAACUGUGGCCGCGAUGGUGACGGAUCCCAUGCUCGACUGGGCUUUUAUCGGAAUGCAGAACGGAGACGUCUUGGCUUAUGACCUCGAUCGACAUGGCCUCGCUCGGCAGUUUCGUCUCCCAAACUUUUGGAGAGACAAGGAUCCAACGCAGCACGCUGUCACCUUGAUCACCAUGUCGAUGCACCCUCGAGACGCUGGAAAGCUCUUGAUCGGGUAUAGCCAUGGCGCAGUCGUCUAUACGUUUAAGCAAAACCAGCCACAGCAAUUCAUGGAAUAUGUUUUGCCGCCUGGAGCGCCUGGAGGAAGCAGCCUCGGCAUGGAUACUGUGCGCCGCCCUCGUUUGACCCAUGCGCUGUGGCAUCCUUCCGGAACCUUUAUCCUCACUGCACACGAAGAUGGAAGCUUGGUCUUCUGGGAUCCCAAGGAAGGGAAAAUUGUCAUGGCAAGAACCCUCACGGAAAUGGGCAUCCACCAUGCCACCCCGAGCGCACCGACGCCGGGAUACUCUGAUCCUUUUGUCAAGAUAGCUUGGUGCUGCAAGAAGAACUGCGACGAUACAGGUUUAUUGAUUGCGGGUGGCGAGGGUGUUGAUGCGUCCCCCAAGAGUUUGACAUUCAUCGAGCUUGGUAUGACGCCUGUAUACGCUACCUCUACUUGGCAGGCUUUGGAGAAUCAUUUCCGCGGCAAGCGACAUAUUCCGUUAGCACUGCCACCGGGAGCUCAAGCGGUGGAUUUUCUGCUUAUCCCAAGAGACUCCCCUUAUUUUGGAGGCGCGCAGGAUCCCAUUGCCGUGGUUGUGCUGCUCACUUCUGGAGAGCUGAUUACUUUGAGUUUCCCGUCAGGCUACCAGAUUAGCCCUACGAACCAGCUUCAUCCGUCUACCUUCUUCGUACAUCCCUUUGUUACAAAGUUCAAUGUCUCCAGUGUUGAUCGGCCUAGGUGGCUGACGAUGGUGGAGAAGAGGGACCAGGGAGAAGCAAUCUUGAAGGGCGGAGCAGCUGGCCCGAGACCGAGAAAACGAUUCGAAGAUCGCACAAUUAUUCAGACUGCACAUGCUGAUAGUAUCAUCAGACUAUGGGACUCUGGACACGCUGAUCAAAUUGAAAAUGAAGUCCAGCUGCAGGUUGACCUGGCCAGGGCCUUGGAUCGAUUUGAAGACGUGGAAGUUACGGCGAUGAGCUUGUCCAGCGCUACCGCCGAGUUCAUUGUUGGCACCAAGACAGGAGAGGCUGUAAUAUUUCGCUGGGGAGUAAACCACUCUUAUGGGAGGAAUGAGCCCAAGCAGCUAGAUCCAAAUCCAAAGGGACUCUCAGACAUCAGCUCAAGGGCGGAGCCGAACUUAAAGGAAGGGCUUAAUCCAGCUGUCCUGUACGAGAUGAUGCAAGGCCCGGUCACUGCCGUUCAGAUAUCAAACGUUGGAUUCGCUGCGGUUGGAUCAGAGCUUGGUUUUUUGACACUGAUCGAUCUCCGGGGCCCCAAGAUCAUUUUCCAAGCUCCAAUGACUGAUUUCGCAAAGACGGAGAAUAGAAUGUCAUUUCUCAAGGGCCACUCGCGAUCGAGCUCAGCACCGCCGAAAGAGUGGCCCACGGCGAUUGAGUUUGGUGUGAUGACGCUGGAUGAUGACAAGUAUUCAUCAAUUUGUUGCUUUGUUGGGACCAACAUGGGCAAAGUCAUUACUUUGAAGCUGUUGCCCGGCGGAGGAGGAUCGUAUUCGGCCGAGGUAGCAGGAACGGUGACCUUUGAUGGAAAAGUUGUGUCUCUGAACCCCAUUCAGGCUGAUACAGGCAAACCAGCGCUAGCCACGGGACAUACCGUGGGUGGGUUGCGAGAGGGACGCCAAGUGAAUGGAGCUCUCGUUGCAGGCAAGCAAAUUACCGAGAAGGAAAUCAGGAUAUGCAGACCUGCUCACUCGAAGGGUGCCUCCAAAGAAUUCGAUGAUGUAAUAUGUGAUUCAGCUUGCGUGGCAGAGCUUGAAUUGAAUGGCUAUGCUAUUGUUGCGGCUUUCAGAGACGGGUCAGCUCGAGCAUAUAGCAUUCCAGGCAUGCGAGACCUCGGUAGUGCGAAGCUCCCAAUGGUGGAUCGUACUCGAAGCACAGCAAGCAUUGUGACGCAAACAGGCGACAUAUUCGCCUGGGCAGGACCGGCAGAAAUGGCUGUCGUUCACGUUUGGGGAGCGGGCAAGGAGCUACAGCAGUCCCCAGACGUGCUGAUCAACCCCAAGAUACCUCUCCCGACCCGGCCGACGAUUUCUAACCUUCAAUGGAUAAGCGGAACACAGCAUGUUUCACCGCUGGAUCUCGACCUUUUGAUAGGAGGCCCCAACAGACCGCCUAGUAAGAGGAUGAUGGAGGCCGCGGCGGCGGAGCAACGUGCUGCCAAGAUUGGUAAUACUGUAGGAUCCUCCAAAGAGGGCUGGGGAGACUAUUUGACGCGGCAGCUCAACGAGAGAACGGAGAAGCUGAAUCUUAUGGGGGAUACGAUGAAUACGCUGCAGGAGCAAUCGGAAGGAUGGGCGGAUGAUGUUAGCAAGUUUGUGGGGAGGCAGAAGCGGAGUAUGGUUAUGGGGGCUUUGUCAUCGAAAUUCUUUUGA